CUUUUGCCUGUGCAACACAUUACACAUCAACACGUUCCAAAUAUGCCGCAAUUAGAUGUAGAAGAGUCUGCGUCUCCGUCCGUACCUCUUAUUGCAGUUACCGCUGCCGUUGGUGCAAUUGUUUUGCUCAUAGCUUUGCUUUGCAAUGUUUUUAAACGUGAUAAAAAAGACCAGCAAAUUUCAGAGGAGACAGACAAAAGUAAAGGUGAAGGUCAAACAGAGAAGCUAAGUGGAGUAAAAAAAACAAAGCCCGUGCCUACAAAAAAUGUAAAAAAGUCAGCGUAUGUUCCGUUCUCCCAUCUCUGGCUCUCAUCAACUCUCAAAGGACACAGUAGCUCAAUUGUAUCAUUGGAUUUUAGUCCCAAUGGAAAAUAUUUGCUAACAGCAUCAGAAGAUAGAGCUCUUCUGUUAUGGAGUGUGAAAGAAUUUCAACAGAAAGAUCACAAAUAUAUUCGUGGAAAUGUAGACCUGGACUCUGCAACCCAUGUUGCCUUCAGUCCUGACUCAAGAGCUAUUGUUGCCAGUUUGGCCACAGAAAAUGCUAUUAGAAUUUUCAGAUUAGUAAAGAAAGAGGAUGGUAGUAACAAUGUAUCUAUAACUGGUGCUAUAACCUUUCCAAAGAAACAUAAAACAGAUAUAAUAGGAGUGGGGAUAGCAUCAAGUGGUAAAUACAUAAUGUCCUGCAGUGGGGACACUACCAUCAUUAUAUGGGACCUUAAAGGGGAUGUCUUAGCAACCAUAGACACACAUCAGAUGUCCAACUCUUGUGGUAAAGUUUCCCCAUGUGGCAGAUUUGUUGCCUCAUCAGGAUUCACCCCUGACGUGAAAGUAUGGGAGGUGCUCUUUGACAAAACUGGCACUUUUAAAGAGGUCAAGAGAGCGUUUGAGUUGAAAGGUCAUAGUGCUGCUGUCUACACGUUUGAUUUUAAUAUGGAUGCUAGAAGAAUGGCAUCGGUUUCAAAAGAUGGAACGUGGAAGUUUUGGGAUACUGAUGUGAGGUAUGAGAUGAAUCAAGAUCCCAAAUUGCUGAAGACUGGUUCUGUUCAUUUCACUGGUUUCUCACUUGUUGCCUUAUCACCAGACAGCCACACAGUGGCGGUAGGAAACGGCACCAGCAUUGCAUUCUGGGACACAGAGACUGGGAAGGAGCAGGAACUAAUGAAAGAUGUCCAUUCAGAAUCUAUGACCACACUGAGUUUUGAUAUCAGUGGGCGUUACUUAGUCUCAUCGGGAGGUAAGCAUGUCCAGGUGUUGCAUAAUGUACCUGGAUACAAAGCCACAAUCUUGGAACUAGAAGAAAAGAUGAAGGUUGCCUCUGGUCCUGGUAUGAAGGAACGUCUCAAGGCUCAACUGACCACGGCCAAGGAAUCCCUGGAAUCUAUAUUGUCAGGAACUAACACCGUGAGUGAAAGUAAAGAGUAAGCUCUGGGCUGCAUUUACUUCAUCGUGUCUCAAGCCAGGUUUUUGUAAAACUGCUUAUUUAAAUUGAAUUGUUACGUGUCUGUUGGUGAAGGAUAUCAUGAGUUUAUGAUUGUUCAAAGUUUCAGUGUGACUGUUGAAUGCUAAUUCUGUAAGGGAUAUCCAUUCGGAUGCAUGUGCAAAUCAAUCUGUUGAGAGGCAUUGUUAUUUCCGAGUUUCUUCUCUAAAAGCCCUAAAAAAAUUAGCCUGUUGAUACAAACUGGCACAUAGGCAGCCUUACAUUUCAGUGUUCAACUAUAUUUUGUUGUUGUUAUAUUUCCUGGAGAAUAAGAUUGUCCUUAGUGCCGUUUCCUAGUUGUCGCCAACUUUUUUUUUUUUCUUGUCUUUGGCAAUAGGCUCUAUGAUUGUUUGUACAUCUAGCUUGUUUUGUACUUUCUAAAAGUAUGACCAUGAACAAAAAUUAAGAGAUCUAAGAUACCCAAUAAAAUUACACAAAGGUUUCGACAUUGGACCACAUGAGAUCUUUGCUAGUCCAGUUGGUUAGAAAUCACCUAGUUAGGGAGGACACGUUUUUAACAAUUGAUAGUACUGUUCUAUUAUAUAUUCUGUUUGACAAUCUUGGCUUUAUGAACAAUCUUGCUCUUCUAGGUCAGAUUUUAUCCAAACACAAUAAAUACUUACCAUAAUAUAUUUUUAAUUUGUUUGCUGGUAUUACCGAGUAUUAUAUAGAUUCAGAUAUUUUAUUUUGUUUCUUUUAUUCAUCUACUUUUUGUUUUUCAAUCCUGUUUUACCAUGCAAUGGGUAGCUUGUAGUGUAAAAUUUUCCUAAUUAAAGUUUUGUUGCUUCUCCUACAAAAUUAAUUAAGUUUUUAAAACAACAUGUGAGGAAUUUUAUUCACACAGUUGUCUUUCUUUAUUAUUCACUGUGUAGUUUUGGUUGCACUUGAAAGUUAAAAUUAUAAUUGAAUCUGAUUUGCUUAGCAGAGAUAUUUUUAUUUUUUGUAAUUAAACAUAAGUACUUUAGAUGUUUGUUCAAUAAUAAUAGUCCUAUCUUUAUUAUCCUUGAAUAAAUUUGUCUUACAAUUUUUGCAUCAUACAUAGCAGACAAAGUAUGCAGCAUACGAAAUAUUUGCUUAUUUUGUUUUUAUAAAUAAACAAGCAAGCUUUGAAACAUUAGUUACGUCCCCUAGUUUCUUGUUUGCUUCAAUGAUUGGAGGGAUGACCAAGAGCUGAGAGACUUCUGAACAUUAAGGGGCAAUAAUGUCAAAUGUUAAUGGUUGUCAUGAUUGUUGCUCUCCCUUUGUUUUCUCUGGUACACUGGUCAACAUUUAAAUAAUUAUAUAAAAGUGUCAUUUUAUUUAUACAUUGGUCAUGCUUGUGAAUUUGGUUAUUUGUCAAUGAUAUUACUGUAAUGUUUAUUAUUCACUUUUUAAUUGUUAAAAUUUCACUUUGAAAUAGACACAUUAUCCCUAUAUAAUUGUAAAAUUAAAUAUUUCAUUUUUAUCUGAUA